AAUGUAAAAAAGUGAUAUACACAUAAAAUAAUAUCCACAAUAAAGUUUUAUGAGCGAAUAGUGGUAGUUAAUACAGCGAAACUCGGAUUUUAUGGGCCAUUUCAUAGAUAAUUUUAUUACUAAAUUAAUACAGUGUCGUACAAAAAUAGUUUCUUUAUUAACCGCGUGUACCCCCUUAUAAGACGAAAAUAGUCCGCCAUUUUCUUAAAAGUUAUCGACAAAAAUAAAGUUGUUGGCAUUCGGAUUCGAAGGUAAACAAACACCAUUGAAAUAUUAAAAGUAUGCCACACUGCCGCUUAUUAUUCAAACAAUAAUUACCCAUAUUUUUUUUAAAACGAAAUUAAAAGUAUAUUCAGGCGAUAAGGAAUAUGAUAAUAAAUAGAUUCGCAAGGUUGAUAAUAAUAGAAUUAACUUAGAGUUUGUUAAAUAAAAAACAAAAAUAUGUUGCUGCUAGCGCUGUUGAUCUAUUUAAAUUUAUUAGAUGAUUGCAUCGCUCGACCAAGGAUCGUCGGAGGAAGAGAAGUAAACAUUACAGAGUAUCCUUAUCAAUUAAGUUUAAGAUUAAACAACCAACAUAUUUGCGGAGCAGUUUUAAUAAGUGAUCUUUACGGUUUAUCGGCGGCUCACUGUUUUGUUGUACGCGGAUCUUAUACAGUCCGAGCAGGAAGCUCUUAUUUAACAGAAGGAGGUAUAAUUGUACCUGUAAUAACGGCAAUUUUACAUCCACAUCCCGAUCCUAGAAAUCAAAAUAACGACAUAGCGAUUCUCAAGUUCGCCAAUAGAUUGAGUUUUUCAUCUACUAUUCAACCGAUAAGUUUGCCGGAACAGGACGAAACUCCGAUGCCCGGUUGGAUGGGUGUCGUUUCGGGAUGGGGAAGCACCUCGAAUCAAGAAGCUACAAACGCCACCAAAACACUCAGAGCCGUAACAAUUCCCGUAGAAUAUCCGGAAUGGUGCCAAAGCCGAUACUCAUACAUUCACCUAACGAAAAAGAUGUUUUGCGCUGGGUAUAGAGAAGGAGGUAAAGAUUCCUGCCAGGGCGAUUCUGGCGGUCCGUUUGUCAUAAACGGCAAAUUAUUUGGUAUCAUAUCUUGGGGAUACUUUUGCGCCCAAUCCGGUUACCCAGGAGUUUAUACCAAUGUAGGAGCUUUUCGUAAUUACAUCAAUUUAAAUUCGGGCGUUUAAUAAUUUUUUUUAUGUACCAAAAAUAAAUCACUGCUACUUUGCGAUAA